AUGGACUUCAGACACGUCACACCCCCAGUGGACAUCGAGAACGGUAGCUUCGACGAUGUCCAAUAUAACAAUGGCAGCGCUAGCACCAAUGCUUCCUGCUUCCCUUACGGCUGGUCUCCCGAGACUGCUUUGACAGCAGCAUCUACGCCACCCCGUUCACCCUACAGGAUACGAGAGAAUGGCUCUCGCCUACUGCCUAAACCGAGGGAUCAAGAUCAAAUCAUGGAGCCAGCCACGUGCACUUCGUUCUUCGGCAGCCACAGCCGAACAUCGUCCCUGCCCGGCAAUGUCUUCUCCAUGCAGUUUGGCCCGGUCUUGCCAGUUCAUGAAUUCUUACAUCGGCGAUCUGCAAGCCCUCAUGAGCGAGGCCGUGUGGUUGCCUCUGUUCCAGCACGAUCGCCCACACCAUACGACCGCGUCCGAUCAGACUCAGCAUGCUCCCUCCGGCCAUCGCUCGGCAACACGAGAUCGGUUUCGACCUCCAAUAUACGGACCCACUCGCGCGGUAAUAGCAACUCAUCUAACAUUGAUGCUUCUAUGCUCAGACGUUAUGGAUACCCGACACCCUCGCGUGCACCAAGUGCUUUGAACCACCUAGCCCCAAUUUCGAUGCCCGACGGUCAAAUCCAAUCUUACCCCAACCACCGCAGGACUGCCAGUCCGCCUGCAAAUCCAUCUAAGCUCUCGUCAGAGUUUGAAAAUCAUGUCGAGGCUGAUAUGGAUACCUCGACCGUGUUGGAGUACCUGACGGCUCCCAACCCCACUCCAUCUUUGAUACAAAGAAAUUACGAGUCCAGUAAGCUCCAGAAUAACCAUUUCUGGUUUGAUAUACGCAAUCUGAGGUCAUGGUCCGACUUCAAUGUGGACACUAUAUCAUCAAUCCCUGGGUUAUUGAAUCUUUUGAAUGUUGACGUCUCCUCAACAUCAUUGCCUACUCCAGGCAAGGUCAAUUCCACACCAGAAACAUCAUCCCAGCUGGCUGAGAUUUGUGCAUCGUAUCACGCCGUCAAGGUCAAUGCUGCUUUAAAAGUUGCCCAAGGAGAAAAGCACAUCGCCAUGCGGACUUUGAGAUCAGCUCCCGGUGCCCGACAGCAACCCGAAUUCGUGGCAAACUACCAAUCCGACGGCGAGAAGACCAUAUUCGGCGAUGGACGUGGUCGUGUAGUUGGUAUCAUCAAGUCCUACGAUCAGUGGAACUCUGGUUACCGUAAUGGAUCUCCAAUCGACAAAGUCCGAUACCUUGAGCAUCUGUCCCAUCUCCACCGCUUCAUGCGCGAGCAUGGCACACGAUACGGCUUCAUCAUGACCGAGAUUGAGCUUGUAUGCGUACGCCUUGGUGGUCCACCCACGGAAGACAACAUCCCACUGUUUGGACACCUAGAAGUGGCUGCUCCCAUCCAAAUAUCUGCAUGCGGAGUGGGGAACAACGGCCAACUCAAGAUGACGGUCGGUCUCGCCCUCUGGUAUCUCCACAUGUUGGCCAAGGAGCAGCCCUUUCCGGGCCAGUAUCACUGGAGAGUCGAUGUUGGUGGCCCCACUGCUUUGACGAGGAGGCACCACAAUGCGCGUGACGAUUGGAUGCCAAAGAUCACUCAGUCCGACAAACGAGUAUCGAAGCGUGCGAGAGGAUGGACGUGGCCUGAUGAGCCAUUACACAAGCGGGAAUGCGGGCGUGCGAAAAGAGUGAAGCCAUGA